CACGGUAAGACCUCUUGCUUUCGCUCAGGCACAAGAGUCAAGAUAUACAUAGGUAUAUAGAUGUAUUAAUUUCCUGUCGUCCUUCCAAGUCAUCAGGCCACCGAUGAUGUUUGCUCUCCCUUCUUGAAGAAUAAAUCUCUUUCUCCACCGGCGCGCCCUACUCUCUCUCUCCUGCCUCUUAGAAAUAAAACUUGGCGGUGCUUAGUAGCUGGGAGCGAGAAAGCGCCCACCGCGAGCGCCUGAAGCGCGGUUGGGGCGCUGUUCGCGGGAGCCCGGCUCGUGGGCCGCUAGCGGUCCCCCAGCUCCGGCCGGCCUCCCUGCGGACCCCUCCCCAUGUGAGGCGCCGCGGGGCGAGCAGGGCACGGGAGGAAGAGGAGGACCCACGGGCGCCGGGCCGGAAGGCAGCUGGCAGCAGGCCCUGGCGAGCGGGCGCCAGCGUUCAUGUUCCGCCAGGAGCAGCCGCUGGCCGAGGGCAGCUUCGCGCCCAUGGGCUCCCUGCAGCCGGACGCGGACAACGCGAGCUGGAAUGGGACCGAGGUGCCGGGGGGCGGCACCCGGGCCACCCCCUACUCCUUGCAGGUGACACUGACGCUGGUUUGCUUGGCUGGCCUGCUCAUGUUGUUCACUGUGUUCGGCAACGUGCUUGUCAUCAUCGCGGUGUUCACCAGCCGCGCACUCAAGGCGCCCCAGAACCUCUUCCUGGUGUCACUGGCCUCGGCUGACAUCCUGGUGGCCACUCUCGUCAUCCCCUUCUCUCUGGCCAACGAGGUCAUGGGCUACUGGUACUUCGGAAAGGCGUGGUGCGAGAUCUACCUGGCGCUCGACGUGCUCUUCUGCACGUCGUCCAUCGUGCACCUGUGCGCCAUCAGCCUGGACCGCUACUGGUCCAUCACGCAGGCCAUCGAGUACAAUCUGAAGCGCACGCCGCGUCGCAUCAAGGCCAUCAUUGUCACCGUCUGGGUCAUCUCGGCUGUCAUCUCCUUCCCGCCACUCAUCUCCAUCGAGAAGAAGGGCGGCGGCAGCGGCGAGCGGCCGCCGGAACCGCGCUGCGAGAUCAACGACCAGAAGUGGUACGUCAUCUCGUCGUGCAUCGGCUCCUUCUUCGCGCCCUGCCUCAUCAUGAUCCUGGUCUACGUGCGCAUCUACCAGAUCGCCAAGCGCCGCACCCGCGUGCCGCCCAGCCGGCGGGGCCCGGACCCUGCAGCCGCGCCGCCGGGGGGCGCCGAGCGCAGGCCCAACGGUCUAGGACCGGAGCGCCGCGCUGGUCCCGCGGGCGCCGAGGCCGAGCCGCUGCCUGUCCAACUCAACGGCGCCCCGGGGGAGCCCGCGCCCGCCGGGCCGCGGGAGGCUGACGCUCUGGACCUGGAGGAGAGCUCGUCGUCGGAGCACGCCGAGCGGCCCCCGGGGCUCCGCAGGCCCGAGCGCGGCCCGCGGGCUAAGGGCAAAGCCCGUGCAAGCCAGGUGAAACCGGGGGACAGCCUGCCCCGGCGCGGGUCGGGGGCGGCGGGACCAGGGGCGCCGGGAUCCCGGCCUGGGGAGGAGCGCGGCGGGGGCGCCAAGGCGUCGCGCUGGCGCGGGCGGCAGAACCGCGAAAAGCGCUUCACGUUCGUGCUGGCCGUGGUCAUCGGCGUGUUCGUGGUGUGCUGGUUCCCCUUCUUCUUCACCUACACGCUGACGGCCGUCGGCUGCACCGUGCCGCGCACGCUCUUCAAAUUCUUCUUCUGGUUCGGCUACUGCAACAGCUCGCUGAACCCGGUCAUCUACACCAUCUUCAACCACGACUUCCGCCGCGCCUUCAAGAAGAUCCUCUGCCGCGGGGACAGGAAGCGGAUCGUGUGAGCACACGGCCCGCCCCCAGCUUUUAGACCCACGCUGACCGAAGGCAGCGAGGAUCCAGCGGCGCGUCUACACAGCCUGAGCGCUCUGAACCCUGCUCGUGCCUACUCUGCGUUUGCUGCCCUGAGGGUUGCUCUGCGGCCUUCUUCGGGCAUCUGCUGCUCUUCCCCACCAGGGAAAAGUACUCCUGGGAGGGCCACGCGCUUCCCAGUUGCUGUUAGGGCCGCUCCUGACUCAGAGUGAUCUUGCCGGGUUCUCGGGCCGCCCCUGAUCAGUAUUGUUUCCUGAAGACCUUUUCACUCUCCCCGAGUCCGGCUCCCUGGGCUCUUCAGAGCGGCAUUGGGCCCCAGAGGGCGAUCGCUGGUGAAGGGUUAAUGGAUGGGAGUUGCCCGGGCUAAUUGCCCCUCCCCCUACUACUCUCGGUUUUUUUAGCAAAGGCUCAGGGCAGCCCCGCUCGCCCUCCCCACCCCCCACUGUAAAUAUGCACUGUUUUUGAUAGUACACGUGGGGGGCCCAGAUGUCGGUUAGCGUGGGUUUUGACGUAGGAUUCCUGGCUGUGGGAGGUGCCCCUGAGGCAGACACCGUGUCUGGUUCAGGCCAAGGCCCUUUGCAAUGCAAGCCCUUUUCUAGUGUUAUUACGUCCCUCCCUCCGUGUCCUUUACACCAGCAACUGGUGACGGUCCUUUGAAGCUGGACCUGCUUCAAGAUUUCCUCACGACGAAAAGGUUUCUGUCCAUUUUUUACCCUGUGCCUCUCAGCAUAAUUGCCUUUUCCUAUGUAAAUAUAACAAUGAUGGAUCAAGACAGAAGUCGCGUCUGUCCCGUGUAUAAAGCCCUUAUCCCCCGAAGCACCGCUGGCCCCAAUAACUCACUUGAAAGCCGGCUCCUUCCGGGGCCACUGCUGGAAGACUGUGUGUUUCUGUAUUCUGUGUACGUGCACCCGACGCUUCCCGAGAGCGCUGACUGUGGGGAAACCUUUUCGCUGCUGUUUUUAGACACAGGAGUGGAAAUUAUGUGGAAGAAACGAACCUGAUGCAAUUUGCCCAAUGUAAACAGUUUGAAAAGACAAAUGGGCCUGCCAAUGGACGGUUCCUGCCCCACGAGCUCUUAGGUGUCAGAAGCGUUACCCCCCUUCCCCAUCUCUGCUUUUCUGGUAGAUUGUGUCAUCCGGGAGGAGGGCGGAGACCUCAUGUUUACAGCGGCGUUUCCACAUAUUUUAGACAGAGACUCUUUAAGGCCUGCACUCUUAUUUCACUAAAGAAAAG